CUCGUCGGGACGAGCAUACAGGAAGUUCGUGCAGAUGGAUGUGAUUGCUUUAGUUCAAGCUGUGAAACAUCUGCUAAACGAUUCAGUAUAAGAGAGUAAGUUAGAGCAUGAAGAAAUGGCGUGUGCAAAAGUUCCUUUAGAUGAACAACAUGUAACCGAGCCCUCUGGACCCCAGGGCGGAGAACGCACCCUACCAGCACUACACCCUGACCGAAAGGAGGAGAGAUGUUUCUUACCUUAUAAACGUCCACCUGAGGAUGGCGUACCUGCACUAGUUGAGGAGUUCCUGGAGCUUGCUCAGUUCAUCUCAGAAGACCUGGAGUGGUUGUUGGCCUUACCUCAUGACAAGUUCUGGUGUCAGGUGGUGUUUGAUGAGUCUUUACAGAGGUGUUUGGACUCUUAUUUGAGGCACACUCCCCGUGGUUUGGACCCGUCUGGUCUCUCGUCUACGCCAGCAGUAGCCAACAUGCAGGGGAACAUUCACCGCUCUGUGUUUAUGGUGUUUCUUAGAAUGGCUACGCACAAAGAGUCAAAGGAAAACUUCAUCACCCCUGCUGUGUUUGCUGAGAUUAUUUACAACAACUACCUAUUUGACAUUCCUAAAAUUCUGGAUUUGUGUGUGCUGUAUGGGAAAGGAAAUUCCAAACUGCUUCACAAAAUGAUCGAGAACAUUUUUACUCAACAACCAAGUUAUUACGGCGAUCUGAAUGAAACGAUACCUUCGAUUAUCCAGGUGUUUGAUGCUGUUUUAGGGAAGUGUGGAAUUCAGUCAGAAGAUGCAGGUGCCAGUCAACCUCUCAAACUGAAUGCAAACAGAUGUCUAACUCCCAUGUCAAUGCCAGAGGAGGAGCUUACAGAAUUGGUGUUGUACAUUUGUGACACGUGCACCACUAUCCACUCUUUCUUGGACAUCUUCCCUGAGGCUUGUUCUUCUUUUAAACAGCACAACUUUCUUUACAGAUUAUCAUCAUUCUAUGCGAUGGUAAUUCCAGACCUGGAAAAAGCAGCGAGGAAGAGAAUUUUCAAUAAAAGUUUACAGGCGGAUAUGUGGAGACAAGUGUCUCAUUCCAGAAAGAAACUGGUGGAGAUUGUGCACCUGCUGCUUCAACACACAUGUUUACAGCCCAUACUGGAGGGCUCUGAAAACAUGCCAUCCUGCGUAGAAGAACUUCUACAAACCUUCACAGCUUUUCUUCAAGAGAAAAGAUUCCUGGCAGAUUACGAUGAACAGUUUCCUAUAGCAGAUGAUGUCAGUCUCCUUCAGCAAGCCUUCCCUCACUUAGAUGAGACCAGGACGUCGUACCUGUUGCAGGGUGUAGAGUCUGCCUGGGAGAGCGUGGGGAAGAAGAGGAGCUUCCCUUCCGCAUUCUCGUCAGCCAGUCACAGCGCAGGAGCCAGAAGCAAGUCUGGCAGGGAUACAUCAACUUCCAUGGAGGAAGGAGGUGGAAUUGCGGGAGUCAGAGAGGAGCUGAGAGGAGCAGAAGCUAUGACUGAGACUCCUCAUAAGGGUGACAAUGGGGCAGCAUGCACAGUGAGUGCUGGAGAAUUGGAGUCUCUGCUGUGUCAUAUUCGAGACCUGUUCCCGGACUUGGGAGAGGGAUUCCUACUAGCGUGUUUGGAAGAGUACGGUUACAAUUCUGAACUCCUCAUCAACAACAUCCUGGAAGAUAACCUGCCUCCUUCACUUGGCAAACUGGACAGGGCAAUGGCCAGGCCUGUGAAGAAGGAGGUCCCUGGCGUUUUGAGCUCCAGAUCGAAUGUGUUUGACGACGACGAGUUUGACGUGUUCAACCGCGACCGACUGGACAUGAGUCGAGUAUGGAAGGGUCGGAGACAAGGGGAGAGUGCACGUGCCACACUCAAUGACAAACAGCACAUAGAAGAGCAGAGAGAGAGAUAUCAAGCCUACGAGACGGUGGUGGAUGAGAUUCCCAUUGCAGACCAUAAUGCUUUCGACUUGGACGAUUACGAUGAUGAAUAUGAUGACACGUAUGAUAUCAACCAAAUAGGAGCCAAUGAUCUGGAUGAAGAGGAUGAAUUAUUGAACCGCAGGCCUUUCACUACUCCACAAGUGCUCAGAACAGGCAAACGGGCUGAGGAGGUGCUAGAAGAGGAGGAAGAAUACAAGGAUGAGUCUGUGAAGAGGGAUCUCUUCAUCCAAGACCCCGCGGUGCUCAGAGAGAGGGCGGAGGCCAGAAGAGCAGCCAUGCAGAGCAGGAAAGGCUACAGACCACCUCCACAAAAUCAUGUGGCAGGAGGUCCGAAGGGACAGGGACAGUCACAGGAGACCGUCACGGACCGUCGAAGGAAAGAGGCCUACAAGAGUCGUGGAGCCAAUCACAAUCGCAGAACAAUGGCUGACAGGAAGAGGAAUAAAGGCAUGAUCCCUUCCUGAGUCA